GUGAAAGUUGAGUUUGCACGCUUGUGAAAAAUGAUAAUAAAAUACACAUAAAUUCUAAAAAGAACGAUGAUAACGAGUCGAAAAUUUGAGUAGCUGGCAUUUAUUUUUGCCAGGGUGAUUGGUGGUGAUAGUAUCGGUUGAAGUGUGCUCAAAACGUUAUGAAUAUUGCACAAAUAUUACAAAAUUUAUUUGAAGUAUAUCCUUCAUCAACAUGUACACGAAACUUCAAUGACCUGAGCUAUGAAGAGCACGUACAUGAGUUCAGUUCGUGGAUCAAAAAUAAACUCAAUGGUAUUCAACAGCAAUGUGGUUCGAUAAAGGUUUUGUCUGAAGGUCGUUUAGGUCCAUCCAAAGUGGUGUUUGUUGUUGAUGAUCAGAAUGACACUAACCAUUUGGCGAAAAUUUCCAAAGAUAAAUUAACGAUUCAAUCGCAAAGUGCUUUUUGUACGUUGAAAGCGAACUGCUGUGUGUACAAAGGAAAAUGGAUGUAUGAGGUGCAGCUUCGGUCGAAAGGUGUUAUGCAAAUUGGUUGGUGCUCUUCUAAAUGCACAUUCACGCAAGAUACUGGAGUGGGCGACACAAAGAAUAGUUAUGGUUUUGAUGGUAGCAAACAACGUGUAUGGCAUGUGCACACGCGAAAAUAUGGGCCUUAUUGGAGGAGUGGAGACGUAUUUGGUGUUUGUUUAGACAUGGAUGAUGGCAAAAUCGAAUAUUAUCGAAAUGGUGUGGGUUUGGGUGUUGCUUUUGAUGAUGUGAAUCGAGGGCCUGGCAUCGCCCUCUUUCCAGCUAUGUCACUUGCAUUUGAUGAUAGUUUAUCGGCAAAUUUUGGCGGUUCACCAUUUCGGCAUCCCAUUGAAGGAUAUAGUCCAUUGCAAAUGAACCCAGCAGUAAAACUCGAAAAGGCCGAAUUUCUUUUGAAUCAUUUGGUGAAUAUUUCACGCAUUAUUUCAACGAAUCGACCGCAAAAAAUUCGUUCAAACAAAGAUGUUUCGGCUGACACGACAUAUGCAUUACUCGCAUCAUUACUGAUCAACGAACUCGCACCCAUUCUUUGUAAUAGUUAUGUGAUCGAGGAGAAAGUAUUCAAACAUGUGAAGGGCAUGUGCGUGAUUCGGACCAAUAUCGAUUCAAAUAAUGUCAUUUACCCCGGUCUGACCGAAAGUACACUCGGCACGUUUCUUUCACUUCUUUGGAAUUUUCAGAGUGAUAUUAUGAAGUGUUUCUUAAGCAAGUUUGUUAACUUUUUAUCGAGCAUGUAUCGAGAGACUCCGAUUGAUUUGAAUUACGAAAAACAACGAAUUGUAAUUGUUGUAUUGUCAUGCAUUUGCAAUCAUCCGGCUACACGGAAAUAUCUCAUGGAGUACAAAUUCUUCAAAAAAAACUUAUUGCCCAUAUUUUUAUAUAUCAAACCACCGGAUGAGUCGACGUUAGCCGAUUUGAUACCCGAUGAAAAUGUUUGGACGAACGGAAUGGAAACGUCGAAAGACGCAUACAUGAACGACUGUCAAAAAUUGAACACAUGUACCGACGCACUUUAUACGCUUCAGAAAAAUUUAGUGGAAAAAUUGCUAGAUAACACCGAUGGAAAUGAGUUGUCGCCGUCAAGUCGAAAGAUAUUCAUUACAAAACUGCGUAAAUAUAUGGUGGAAAAUAGUGUGGAACAUCGUACGAUCUAUUUUCUCGAAGGCAUUUCGUAUGCACCACCAACACAGCCAGCAGUCGCAUUAUCGUUCUUAUGUAUUUUGCUUGAUGUUCUGAAGAAAUUGUAUGCCAAUGAACUGCCUGAUUGUGAUGCAUUUGUGACACCGCAAACAUUUUACGAUGGAUCACUCAAAUAUUUUCAUUUCGAUCGAGUUGGCGGGGUUCUCACUCAUUUACAACGACACUAUCGACAAGAAUUACAAACACGUCUGGGAAGUGAACACAAUUCAUUUGAAAAUGAAAGCGAUCCCGUUUCGGGCGUUUAUGGCGGCGUUGAACUCAGUGAUAUUUACUCUGCGAUGUUUCUGUUAACGGGUAAUUCUAGAUCUCCGCUCAAUUCACUUCGUUCAUCGGCUGAAGUUCGAUCAUCCGAUUUGUUGAGCGCAUUGAACGGAGGCAUAAACGUAGCCAAUGGAAGUAGUUCAACAUUUACAAAAAUUGCCGAAGCACCAAUCAAACCAGGUGAAGUCAACGCACAAGAUUCACUGAAAAACUUAUUGGACUGUUGCAUUCUGUACUACUAUGCUGUUGCACACAAAUAUAUUAUCAUGAUUGCCGACCUUCGUGACAGUAUUGGAACGUUAUCUGAAAUUCUAUGUGAAACGAAAAUAACUUACGACGUGUUAAUACGAACGAUGGAGACGGUGAGCAGCGACUCGAUGAUUAGUUCAACGCAUGGCGAUGUUCUGAAAGAUCUACACGAUAAAUUGACGGAACGAAGACAAGUGUUUUUGAAACGUUCGACUGAACUGUCCCGCAAACAGGCAUGGUAUCGUUCUGUGGCGUUGGGUAAAUUUCGCCGAAAUUUGUUGUGUUGGAUGUUGAACGCCGUUGUACGUACAUUAAAAGAAGCAUCUGAAGAGGGUGAUUUAUUCGCAUUCGUACCAGAAUUCUAUCUAAAUAUCCUACCCAUUCUAUUGGAUACAAUUAUGGACUUUAGUUUCCAUGACUUGAACCUACAAAAUGACUUAUCAGAUUGCUCCUCGGUUAUAAUGUCGGCGGCUGAAUUUUUAUGUUCUAAAGCAGCAAAUUCACGAGUGGUACUGGCCUCAUGUAAAGACGCUCUACUUCAAGCUCUCGGUACACUGACGUGUCAUGAGGCUGGAAUUCGUGCACUUGAAUCCUGUUCGGCAAUGCAUCAAACUACUCUAAUAAGUUCCUUAUUGCGACCGUAUCAAGGACGGGCUUGGGGCCAAUCGAACUGGCUGAUCCUUCGAUUUUGGCUCGGAUGCGGAUUUUGCUAUCGAGACGGCCGACAUCCGUCGAUUUUUCAAGAUGGUACGCGAACUCCGUCCAAUCUAGGGCUUUUUCGAAGCCGAGGAAAAAAUGGUUCUACUGGUCUAUUGCACCAUAUCGCUCCAAGCAGUCCAAGUGUGCAUUUUCAGCAAUUGAUAGCCGAAUUGCUUAUGAAAGAUGAACCGUUUAGCACCACACUGAUUAAUUCAAUCUUGUCGCAAUUGAAUUGGGCAUUCUCUGAAUUCGUGCUACUUUUGCAAGAAAUCCAAAAUGGAAUGCAACGUCAAGAUCGAUCGAAUGCCGCUUACGAAUCAAGACAGUCGAAAAUAUGUUCCAUGUGCUUUGAGCUUACCGUCUCCUUAAUGCGAACGCUUGAAAUGAUGAUUAAUAUAGCGCCGGCUGUUUUUGUCGAUGCAGAACGACCCAAUAGUAUAACAUUAUUGAAUCGUGUAUGCCAAUUAAUCAGUCAAAGCAGUAUAAAUACUGAAUAA